AUUCAAUUAAGAUAACCUGAUAGGCUAGGCGAGUGUGUUAUUUUGUUGUUGUGCUGAAAUGAGUGCCGCUCCGCGUCCCACGCUGCUCCGGCAUGUGGCAGCAGUUGCUCAGCGUCGGUGCUGCUACUGCUGCUGCUGCUGCUGCUAUUGGCGUCAGUUGUCGCAGCGUAGUCACCAGGUGCGGAACAUCAGCCAAAUCAUGCAUGCAAUCGAGGGCACAUUAUCAGUGACAGCAUCAACGUCGCUGCCCAUUGAGCCGUGUUUCCAUUUUACGGCCGGACAGGUGGCGAACUGUGGCAAACAGCCGCGUUUGGGUGAUCUGGUUGCGAAUAAGACGCGAAUCGGUGAGUUCUUCUACGGUAUCGAGAUAACAUCCAAUACACGGGGCAUAAUCACUUGCGUGGACUUCAAUCAAUUUCUGCCCGUGCUGCCCACGUUCAUCUCGUUGGCCUGGCUGGCGCCGUACUGGCAAGUGGAGCCCAUCGGUCAAGUGCAGACGCUGCAACUGACACGCGCCCUCGAAUCGUAUAUUCCGGCGAUGCCGCAUUUGAGCACGUAUCGCCUCAGCGAGCAGCAUUACGACGACUUCUUCGACCUCAAUUUUGAUAAUCUGCUCGCCGUCAGGGGGGAUGAGUUGCACGAGGAUCAGGCCUACAAAUAUACGCGACAAAUGGUGGCACACGCUCGUCGCGCUCGCGGCAAGGAAAUGACAAUUGCCGUCGCGGGUCAUCCGGAAGGACAUGCUAACGAUUUGGAGUUGGGACCGCAGGACAUUGACAAGGAUCUCACGUACUUGAAGGAGAAGAUAGAUUGCGGCAGCGAUUUUAUAAUCACCCAGAUUUGCUAUACGCCGGAGCCACUUAUUGAAUUCCUGCGGAAGGUGCACCGCGUCGGGAUUGAGGCGCCCGUAAUGGUGGGCGUGGUUGUGCCCAAUUCCUUCAAGUCCUAUUUGCAAAUGGAGCGAGUGUCCAAAAUCCGUAUGCCGAAGGAAAUGCGUGCCGAGGCAGAGAAAUAUAAAAAUGAUGAUGCCAAAGCUCAAAGCUACUUCGUGCAACACGCACUGAGCCUCAUUCAACGGGUGCUGGACGCAGAUCUGGGCAUGCAUGGGAUCCAAUUCUAUACGAUGAAUAAUUUUGAGCCGGUGUUUGAAGUGCUCGGUGAAUUGCGUAGGCGGGGCAUACUCAAGGAGUCGUCACCGAAUGCCGCAAGCGGUGCUGCCUAGCCUAAGACAUAUUCAAUCAAAAUUAAAAUGUGCAAUUGAAAUAAAAUAGAAUUUGCUUGUUUACAAA